CAAGGAAAUGAUGAUGAUGAUGAUGAUGAUGAUGAUGAUGAUGAUGAUGAUGAUGAUGAUGAUGAUGAUGAUGAUGAUGAUGAUGAUGAUGAUGAUGAUGAUGAUGAUGAUGAUGAUGAUGAUGAUGAUGAUGAUGAUGAUGAUGAUGAUGAUGAUGAUGAUGAUGAUGAUGAUGAUGCUGCUGCAGGCAGAUAAUUUUGAGCAGAUCAUUUAGAGCCAUUCAAUCAAAUGCCAAAAGCAUG